AAUAACCAUGACGACAUUUCUCCCUCUUCCCAUUCAUCAUUAGUAAUAAUACUGUAUCGAAUAUGUCGAGGUGCAUCAUCAAUCGUCGUGUCUGAUUCACGCCAAACAGAAACGACUUUUUUUGCCAUUGUCAUCGGAUCGGACCAUUAAUGGACACAAGCUUUUUUUUGUGAUUGUCAUACGAAACUUGGAACGGUGUUUGGUAACACCGAGGGCGUCGGAAAGAAGCGUGGGGACUAUGGGCAGCUUACCGAUCUCCCUGGCGAUAUCCCUGGUGAUAUGCGCCCUUGGAGUUGCCAGCGAUUACUCCAGCUCGGAGUCAUCAGGAUCCAAUCCAUGUUUUAGUAAAUUAAAAUGUCAUGAGUGCAUACGGACCUCCACGUGCGCUUGGUGUGCACAACCAAAUUUCGCGGAGAACCGUUGCUUCCGGCCGAACCAGAAUCCGAAGAUCCUCGAGGCUUGCAGCGAGGAGUUCACGAUAAACCCGGACAACGUCUUCAGCAUGAUCCGGUACAAGAACCUGACAAAAGGUGGUUUUAUAACGAGUGGAGGUUCGAUGAGCGGUGGUUCAAUCUCAGAAUCCGGCUCCUGGUCUUCCUCUUCCUCUUCCUCUUCCUCUUCCUCUUCCUCCUCAUCUUCCUCAUCCUCAUCCUCAUCUUCGAAACAAGAAGCAGUGCAGCUCUGGCCCCAAGAAGUAAACCUAAAACUGCGUAUAAACGAAGCCUACAGAAUGACUUUCUCAUACUCUCAAGCGGAGGAUUACCCAGUGGACCUCUACUACUUGAUGGACCUCUCAAAAUCCAUGGAGGACGAUCAGAAGAAGCUUUCCGCGCUGGGGCAGCUGUUGGUCUCGGAAAUGAGUAAAAUAACGAGCAACUUUCGUCUGGGCUUUGGAAGUUUCGUGGACAAAGUGGUGAUGCCCUACGUGAACACAAUGCCCAAGUCGUUGCUAGCCCCCUGCAAGGAUUGUGCAGCGCCCUAUGGUUAUAGGAAUGUGAUGACCCUCUCCACAGACACAAGUGCCUUCGCGAGCCUCGUGAGCAACGCCGAGGUGUCAGGGAAUCUGGACGCACCAGAAGGCGGUUUCGAUGCGAUAAUGCAGGCAAUCGUUUGCAGAAGAGAAAUUGGUUGGAGAGAGAAGGCCAGAAGACUCCUUGUGUUCUCCACUGAUGCUGGUUUUCACUACGCAGGUGAUGGCAAGCUAGGUGGCAUCAUAAAACCGAACGACGGUGAGUGCCACCUUGAUCGCACUGGCCUAUACACCCACUCCUCCCUCCAGGACUAUCCCAGCAUCUCUCAGAUAAAUCUCAAGGUCAAGCAAAACGCCAUCAACAUCAUUUGGGCAGUCACAGAGGAACAGAUAGGAAUCUACAAAAGACUCACAAAACACGUCGAAGGCUCGUUCGCUGGAAAACUUUUAAACGACUCCAGUAAUAUCGUAUCGUUGAUUCGAGAGCAGUACGACAAGAUCUCGAGCUCUGUAGAGAUGAAAGACACUGCGAGCAGUAUGAUAAAAGUGAGGUAUUACUCCAAGUGCCUCGGAGGGCCUGAGAUUGAGACUUCCAAGUGCGAUGGCCUCAAGGUUGGCAACGUCGUGCAAUUCACUGCAGUGAUUGAGGUGGUGGCCUGUCCAGCCAAUAGGACCCAGUGGAAGCAGACGUUUGAGAUUUAUCCAGUGGGUAUCAACGAAACACUUACAGUCAACCUGGAGAUGAUUUGUGACUGUGAGUGCGAGCAUUCAGGAGCCAUGUACCAGCCACAAUCACCAUCGUGCAAUGGAAGGGGUACCCUCGCCUGCGGCAUUUGUGAUUGCGAUGAUGGAGUGUUUGGGAAUGCUUGUCAGUGCUCGAAGCACGAUAAUACUCCUCAUUACGUCAACGAAACGAAUGCCUGCAGACCUGAUGAUUCCAAGCCUGAUUGCUCGGGUAGGGGUGACUGCGAGUGUGGCCAGUGCAUUUGUCACAGACGAGGUGACUCUGGGGAGGUUUUCUCAGGUCGUUAUUGCGAGUGUGAUAAUUUCUCUUGCGAGAGGAACAAGGGAAUUCUCUGUUCUGGCCAUGGCAGGUGUGAAUGUGGCAAUUGUGCCUGCGAUCCUGGAUGGGAGGGCGACAGCUGCAGCUGCAAGACUUCCAAGGAGACGUGCAUGGCACCAAAUUCUGGAAAGUAUUGCUCUGAUCAUGGGGAUUGCAUUUGCGGUGAGUGCAAGUGUCAUCAGGAGGGGGAUAUCAGGUACUCUGGCAAGUACUGCAACAAAUGCCCCUCGUGUGCCAGCUUGUGCGAGGAGCUCAGACCCUGUGUUCAGUGUGUCGUCCAUGAGACUGGAAAUAUGACGAAGGAGGAGUGUUACAACGUGUGCAAUAUCACCAAGGGGUACAAGAAUAUUUAUGGGGUUGAGACCGUGCAGAUUGAUAUUGAUAAGGACGAGGAGGCCUGCAUGUUCGUCGAUGAACAGGACUGUAAGAACCAUUUCAAGUAUUAUUAUAAUGAGGAGAAUUGUUUGAUUAUUGAGGCGCAAAAGGAGAGGGAGUGCCCUCCCACUAUUUUUGUCCCUGGCAUUAUUCUUGGGGUGAUUGCUGCCAUUGUUUUCAUUGGUCUGGCUUUUCUGCUGCUAUGGAAAAUGGUUACUACUAUUCAUGAUAGGAGGGAGUUCGCCAAGUUUGAGAAGGAGAGGAUGAUGGCCAAGUGGGACACGGGGGAGAAUCCAAUUUACAAGCAAGCCACAUCGACAUUUAAAAAUCCUACCUACGCUGGUAAAUGAAGAAUGAGUGAGUCUAUUAAAUAAUGAAUCUAAGAUGAACAAUUGGAUUAUUAUCCAGUUCGAGUGAAAAAUGUUUUACUCUGUGACGAGUCUCUAUGCGAAUGUUAGUCUUGUAUUACGAAAAGAAACGAAACAAAAAUACUAUUUAAAUAUUAAAAUGAUUAAUCUAACUAACGUAAUUAAUAGGGGCAAUGAAUUUUUAUUUUUACGUUUAUUAUUGUACUGCCAUAUUACUUAGACUGCGGUUAAGUCUAUGGGGUAUGAGAGCCAGAUCGGAAGAAAUAGAUUUCUUUGUCAGGGCACAGGAUAUUUGGUUCUCACUUAAUUAUUAGUUAUUUAAUCUCUCUUAAUUGUUAAGACAGCUCUUCGAUUAUUUUGUGCCGUGACUCUUCUCGUUUUAUUGAACAGGAAGUGCCUUCUACGAUACACUAGGUAAUUGUUAAUCAUAUUGAGUGAUUUUUUAAAAGGAUUAUUCGCACAUGGUUUUGAGAAUAUUGCGAUGACCCAACAACCGCAUUUUUCUCGUAUUGUUCAUCAGCAUUUGACUGAUCAAUAACAAAUAACUGUGCAAUCCAAAUUAUAUCUUCCGAAAUAAUGUAUUCUAGGGAUAACUAUCAUGCAACUUCCAAAUUCAUCGUCAUUAUUUAGAAUUAAUUGUAUUUUUCAAAGAAACAUCAUCAAAACAUGCAUUUUAUGGCGUUUUAAUUUUAUACUCUACAAACUCUUAACUAUUUGUCUUUUUUUACUGAACAAUUGUCCAAU